GUUUGCGCAUUGAAUGGAUAAGCUAAGACGCAUUACAAUGGAAGCUUCUAUCCGACAAAUUGAAAGCCAACAGAGAUCAUGGAAGCUUCUUCGACACUUUUGAGGAAGGUUCUGUCCAAAUGCCCAGAAUCUUUACAUGUCCUCAACUCAACGGCAUCGUCGUUAAAUGCCACCCAAAAUCAGCCAUCCCGUCCUUAGAAACCUGGAGGAUCUGUUCGUGCCCGCGUUGCGAAGCUGCGGAAGAGUUGCGGAGCUGAAGAGGGUCCACGCCCGCAUCGUCCAACACUCGCUGUCGCAGAGCAAUUUCUUGGCGACGAAGAUGAUCGACGUGUGCGAUCGAUGCAGAGAUCUCGGUUAUGCAAGUUUACUCUUUAGGAACGUGGUGGACCCGAAUGUGUUCUUGUACAAUGCAAUUAUCAGAGCUUACGCACACAACUUCAUGUACAGUCUCGUGGUCACGGUGUACAAGAGAAUGCUGGAGGACGAAAAGAUUUUGCCUGAUAAGUUCACGUUCCCGUUUUUGAUCAAGUCGUGUGGAGGGUCGAUGAGUGAAAACUUGGGUAAGCAAGUGCACGCCCAUGUGUGUAAAAUUGGGCCUGCGCGGCACUUGGUGACGGAGAAUUCAUUGAUAGACAUGUACACGAAGUUUGGGAAUUUGGAAGAUGCGUAUAAGUUGUUCGACGAUAUUCCCCAAAGGGAUGCUGUCUCAUGGAACAGUCUCAUUUCUGGGCAUGUGAGGUUGGGACAGAUGACAAGGGCAAGGGAAUUGUUUGAUGAGAUGCCAUGUAAGACUAUCGUCUCUUGGACGACAGUGAUUUCCGGGUACUCACAAGUUGGCAGUUACGUCAAUGCCCUGGAAAUUUUCAGGCAAAUGCAAACAGUUGGUGUUGAACCUGAUGUGGUAAGUAUCGUAUCCGUCUUGCCAGCUUGUGCAAACCUAGGAGCUCUCGAAGUUGGGAAGUGGAUUCACAUGUAUGCAGAAAAGCACUGGCUUCUCCGCAAGACUUGUGUUUGUAAUGCUCUGAUGGAGAUGUAUGCAAAAUGCGGUUGCAUCGAGCAAGCGAGCCUGUUGUUCAAUGAGAUGAACGCGAAGGAUGUUAUUUCUUGGAGCACAAUGAUUUGCAGCUUAGCCAAUCAUGGAAAAGCCAAGGAAGCAAUUGAACUGUUUCAAGCUAUGCGAAGAGCAAGGGUUGAUCCGAAUGGUGUCACAUUUCUGGGUAUCCUCUCAGCAUGCGCACAUGCUGGUCUAGUGGAUGAGGGACUAGAGUUUUUCUGUUCAAUGAAGAGAGACUAUGAGUUAGAACCAGAUAUCGAGCAUUAUGGCUGCUUGAUAGAUCUUCUCGGGCGCUCGGGAGGUCUCGACCAGGCUAUGGACUUGGUACAGGCUAUGCCAGUAAAACCAGAUUCCAAAAUAUGGGGUUCUUUGUUAAGUUGUUGCAGGACUCAUGGUAAUCUUGAGAUGGCCGUUGCUGCAAUGGAGCAUCUGGUAGAACUGGAACCGGAUUUCGCAGGGAAUUAUGUGUUGCUGGCUAACUUAUAUGCAGAUUUGGGGAAAAGCGAAGGGGUUUCGAGAAUGAGAAAGCUCAUGAGAGACCGAAACUUGAAAAAGCCACCUGGAGGAAGCUCAAUUGAAGUGGACAAUAUGGUACUCGAAUUUGUCUCGGGUGAUAGUACUAAGCCGUUUUCGAGAGAUGCAUGUAGGAUGAUAGAGCUGCUGGAAUCAGAGGCGAACCUAAUAAUACAAAGAAUUCAAGCUGGCGUUGCUUGAGCUCCUAAAAUCUCUUUUGAACUCGGAUGGAUGGAAAGACAAUGCAUGGCCCAUGCUGCAUUGAAAAUGUUGCGAGUCACCUGCCGAGGACGUGAUCUGCUUAUACAGUCGCCUUCCUAAUGACCCGCCUUUCUGGUUGGGGUGUCCGACAAGAAGCACAUGGUUUGAACAGCAGCUUCUGCAACUCUGAAGCACGAGCACCUGAUGGAGACGGUCACAAAAGAUUGAAUUUCGAACAUCAAUUGAAUGUGUUAAAACUGUGGAUUGACGUAUGGAAAGUGGAUGCCCGGAUGAGUAAAUAACGGAUGUGAGGCCUCAAACAGAAGAAUUUGUCCAUGUGGUCUUGGCGAACACCUGGAUGUGCAGAUAGA